AUGGCGGACCCAGUCGCGAUCCAGGACGAAAUCGCAGUGAUUGAGAAGAGAAUCGAAGAGCUACAGACCCAACUCAAAGAUGCAAAGGCGAGAUUACUCAAGAGCCAGGAAGAAUCGCUGGCCAGCGGGCCCGGCGCACACUUGUCAGAAGAAGAGAAGCUGGCGCUCAUCAAGGUCAACUUGCAGGAAGUGCUCAACCCAGAGAUCAUGGAGGCGGCGCUGAAGAAGCAGGGGCAUUUGAAGGUCUACUGGGGCACUGCGACGACGGGGAGGCCGCACUGUGGAUACUUUGUUCCUAUCCUCAAGAUCGCACAGUUCCUCGCUGCAGGCUGCCACGUCAAGAUCCUACUCGCCGAUAUCCAUGGCUUCCUCGACAACCUCAAAGCGCCGAUUGAGCUCGUCAAGUUCCGCGCUGAAUACUACCGCUUCACCAUCACUGCGCUCCUCCGCGCUGUCAACGUGCCCAUCGACAAGCUCGAGUUCGUACUGGGGUCUAGCUAUGAGUUGAACGCGGACUACACAAUGGAUUUGCUGCGGUUGGCGUCUAUAACGAGCGAGCGCGAUGCGAAGAAAGCGGGUGCUGAGGUGGUCAAGCAGACGGAGAAUGCACCGCUGAGUGGACUGCUCUACCCGCUUAUGCAGGCGCUCGAUGAGCAGUACCUCGAUGUAGACGUACAAUUUGGUGGCGUGGAUCAGCGCAAGAUCUUUGCUCUGGCAAAGGAAGUCCUGCCCAAGAUUGGCUACAAAGAGCGCGCACACUUGAUGAACCCUAUGGUCCCCGGUCUGCAAGGCGGCAAGAUGAGCGCUUCAGACCCAGACUCCAAAAUCGAUGUCCUCGACGACAAAGACGCCGUCAAGCGCAAACUGAAAAAGGCCUUUGCACCCCCCAAGAUUGUCGAGGAGAACGGCGUGCUCAGCUUCGUCGAGUACGUCCUGCUCCCCGCUGGCCACCUCAUCUACGGCGAGUCCAAGUUCGUCGUCAACCGCCGCGACGCAGAGCCCCUCGUCUACACCAACAUCAAGCAAAUGCAAGACGACUAUGUGAAUGAUAUCCUGAUACCGCAGGACUUGAAGCCUGCUGUUACCGAGGCGCUUAACAAGCUACUCGAGCCCGUUCAGGCAGAGUUCCAGGCCAGUGCUGAAUGGAAGGAGAUUGAGACCAAGGCGUACCCGCCACCGCCCGCGGAGAAGAAGAAGGAGAAAAAGAAGAAGGACAAGGGCACCUUCCACCCGGGAAAGAAGGUCGAAGCGAAGCCUGAUGGACAUGUUGAGGGCGAGGACAAAGCGGCAGUAGACGUCGGGAGUGCGAGUGGGGAGAAGGCAAUUGAGAACUUGACGUUGAAGGAAUAG